AUGUGGGGUCCUCGAACAGUAACCCUUUUCGGGUUACUAGUGUUAUUGUCAUGUAGUUUUGUUAACGCAGCACCCGCAAAAUGCUGCAAAAGUACUCAUGGUAUUACCCCAUCAGAGCAGUCUUGUCUCUUGGGUCAUUUGAUCCAGAUCCUGACGCAUUUGGUUAACAAUCAACAGGAUCCAGUAUGUGCGAAAGAUUUUAUACAGAAGUUAGAACAAAUCUGUACAGAAAAAUGUGAUUGUACAGGUAAAGUUACAACAGAUCCAUGUAUAACUGCAACUCCUACUUGUGCUGAAGAAAUCACAACAGAAGCAGAUGGAACCACAUGCUCUGAUGAUAAAUGUUCUACUGAUGAGUCAACUACAGAAAUAAAUGACACCACACACUGUUCUGAUGAGACAACUACAGAAAAAGAUAUAACAACUACAGAAACAGAUGAAACAACAUGCUAUACUGAUGAGACAACUACAGAAGAAGAUGUAACAACUACAGAAGCAGAUAAAACCACAUGCUAUACUGAUGAGACAACUACAGAAAAAGAUAUAACAACUACAGAAACAGAUGAAACCACGUGCUGUACUGAUGAGACAACUACAGAAAAAGAUAUAACAACUACAGAAACAGAUGAAACCACGUGCUGUACUGAUGAGACAACUACAGAAAAAGAUAUAACAACUACAGAAACAGAAGAAACCACAUGCUAUACUGAUGAGACAACUACAGAAGAAGAUGUAACAACUACAGAAGCAGAUAAAACCACAUGCUAUACUGAUGAGACAACUACAGAAAAAGAUAUAACAACUACAGAAACAGAUGAAACAACAUGCUGUACUGAUGAGACAACUACAGAAGAAGAUGUAACAACUACAGAAGCAGAUAAAACCACAUGCUAUACUGAUGAAACAACUACAGAAAAAGAUAUAACAACUACAGAAACAGAUGAAACAACAUGCUGUACUGAUGAGACAACUACAGAAGAAUGUGUAACAACUACAGAAGCAGAUAAAACCACAUGCUAUACUGAUGAAACAACUACAGAAAAAGAUGUAACAACUACAGAAGCAGAUAAAACCACAUGCUAUACUGAUGAGACAACUACAGAAAAAGAUAUAACAACUACAGAAACAGAUGAAACAACAUGCUGUACUGAUGAGACAACUACAGAAGAAGAUGUAACAACUACAGAAGCAGAUAAAACCACAUGCUAUACUGAUGAAACAACUACAGAAAAAGAUGUAACAACUACAGAAACAGAUGAAACCACAUGCUAUACUGAUGAGACAACUACAGAAGAAGAUAUAACAACUACAGAAGCAGAUAAAACCACAUGCUAUACUGAUGAGACAACUACAGAAAAAGAUGUAACAACUACAGAAACAGAUGAAACCACAUGCUGUACUGAUGAGACAACAACAGAAAACGAUAUAACAACUACAGAAACAGAUGAAACCACAUGCUAUACUGAUGAGACAACUACAGAAGAAGAUAUAACAACUACAGAAGCAGAUAAAACCACAUGCUAUACUGAUGAGACAACUACAGAAAACGAAAUAACAACUACAGAAACAGAUGAAACCACAUGCUGUACUGAUGAGACAACUACAGAAGAAGAUAUAACAACUACAGAAGCAGAUAAAACCACAUGCUAUACUGAUGAGACAACUACAGAAAAAGAUGUAACAACUACAGAAACAGAUGAAACCACAUGCUGUACUGAUGAGACAACUACAGAAGAAGAUGUAACAACUACAGAAGCAGAUAAAACUACAUGUUAUACUGAUGAGACAACUACAGAAAAAGAUAUAACAACUACAGAAACAGAUGAAACAACAUGCUAUACUAAUGAGACAACUACAGAAGAAGAUGUAACAACUACAGAAGCAGAUAAAACCACAUGCUAUACUGAUGAGACAACUACAGAAAAAGAUAUAACAACUACAGAAACAGAUGAAACCACAUGCUGUACUGAUGAGACAACAACAGAAAACGAUAUAACAACUACAGAAACAGAUAAAACCACAUGCUAUACUGAUGAGACAACUACAGAAGAAGAUGUAACAACUACAGAAGCAGAUAAAACCACAUGCUAUACUGAUGAGACAACUACAGAAGAAGAUGUAACAACUACAGAAGCAGAUAAAACCACAUGCUAUACUGAUGAGACAACUACAGAAAAAGAUGUAACAACUACAGAAACAGAUGAAACCACGUGCUGUACUGAUGAGACAACUACAGAAAAAGAUGUAACCACUACAGAAGCAGAUAAAACCACAUGCUAUACUGAUGAGACAACUACAGAAGAAGAUGUAACAACUACAGAAGCAGAUAAAACCACAUGCUAUACUGAUGAGACAACUACAGAAAAAGAUAUAACAACUGCAUUGUGCCCUGAAAUUACCACCGAAUGCGAAAGUGUGAGUACUAAAUGUGAAACUACAGAAACUCCUUUAGCUUCUCUUUACUUUAUUCCAGUUCUGAAAGUUGAUGGAACCCCUUGUUUAUCAGCUUCGGAGUUGAAGGAUUACAUUUUUAAUAUAUUUUCUUGUCCCAAAACUAAUCAAAUCAAAGUUGUGAAAUAA